CUAGAAAAAUGACCCUGACCCGCGCCCAGAGACUGGCAGUUCAGCCUCCUCCGUCCACCAGGAUGAGUCUGAGGAGCUUCCGCAGUGUCCCGCUGGUUCCCAUGGAGUCCUCCUCCUCCUGCUCCGAUGACAGCUGCGACAGCUUCGGCUCAGAUGGAGGCUUCGCAAAUACGAGAAACAACUUGAGACCGACGAGGAGGACGGCACAGAAACCAGAGGUGGAAACGUCAGAGGAGGAGAUUUGCAGUGCGUUUGAGGAGACUGGCAUCAGCAGGCGCAUGAAAUCCAUGAAAGUGGACUCUGAAGCUCCGAGACGCGGCCGCAGGUCCAACGUGCUGAAGGUUGCCAUGACGUUUCCCACCAAGAAAGCACAAGGAAUGAAGAGGCCUGCGUCCGAACCGCUGCCUCAACCCAAAGUACAGGACUCCGACUCGGAGGAGGAGACGGACUUCAUAGGCAAGAGAGCCCUGAAUAUAAAGGAGAACAAGGAAAUGCUGGCAAAGCUCAUGGCAGAGCUGACCAAAGUGCCUGGACUCUUCCCGCCACGGACGCCAUCAUCUGCUUCCUCUACGCCCAGACAGGCAGCCCGGCGAGCAACCCCGAGAUCUAUCAGGAGGAACCCGGAGCGUCUGUCCCGGUCCCGCACCCGGUCCCGCACCUCGGUGGACGGACCCCCCAGCCCGACCUCCGAGGAGGAGACCGACGACAAGUUCAGCCUGGUUCGCAAAAGUCGCUACUUCGAGGAAUACGAGGAGCCGCCCCGUCGCCGUGUCUUUAACGGCAUGAAGGCCAUUCCUCACGUGGUGCGGCCCGUGGAGGAGGUCACGGAGAUGGAGCUGCAGGGGAUCUGCCUCAACGUGCGGGAGAAAGUUUACAACAGCUGCACUGGCUCCACCUGCCACCAGUGCCGCCAGAAAACCGUUGACACCAAAACGAACUGCCGUAAUCCCGAGUGCCAGGGGGUGAGGGGCCAGUUCUGCGGCCCCUGUCUUCGUAACCGCUACGGAGAGGAGGUCCGAGACGCUCUGCUGGAUCCGGAGUGGCUGUGCCCGCCGUGCAGAGGGAUCUGCAACUGCAGCUUCUGUCGAGCCCGGGAAGGUCGCUGUGCCACCGGAGUGCUGGUGUACCUGGCCAAAUACCACGGCCACGAUAACGUGCACGCUUAUCUGAAGAGCUUAAGAAAGGAGCUGGAGGAGAGCAGCGAGUGAAGCUCGGGGGGGAAAAACUGCUGCUGGACCAAACUGACCAAACCGUCUGUGACCAUUUUGACAAACACUGAGUUUAACUAUUGUUCGGUUUUUCCAUAGUUAAACAUUACUUACUGGUUGUGUUGAGAGCUAAAACUUCUGUAUGUAAAGAUGGACGUCAUGACUGAACUAAAAGAUGGGUUCUGUAAUUUCCGUCAUCACUAAGAUGUAUGAACGAAUGUUAAUUUUCGGCCAAGUUUAGUUUUAAUUUCCUUUUUUGAUUACUUACUUUUAUCAAAACGAGGGUGAAAAGUCAUGAUUGACAGAUAAAACGAACUCAUGACUGGUUGAGCACAUGUGUUGACAGGAGCUCGCUGUGGUGGCGUUCAUAUCCGGGUUAUCUUACCCUAGAAAGAGGGUAAGGUACCCUAUCCCUAGGAUAGAGGGAGGAAGUGAAGUUGUGUCGUCCAACUUUAUUUACAGUUCAAUUUCUAAGGCUUUCAUUUUUAACUGACAUCUGAAGAGGGCGUUCCCUGUUCUCCUCAUUUCAAACCCUCCUCAUAUUGUCCUCUGUUGUCAAAAGCCGAUCUCUUACAUUAAAGCUGCUUUCAGACAUGCACCGAGCUCCUGUUCACCGGAGGAGGUGCAUGUGUGAACGCAGACGUCUGAGUGAGAGGCUCAGCAGUUUCGACUUUCUCCGCCCUCGCCCGAAGCAGGAACAUUUCUUAACCCCAAAUUGUUGACUGGGGUCGCACAUGUUUAAAAAUGACUUCAGUGUUCCGUGAUGUACAUAUUCACUUUUCCCUGAACACGUUGCAAAUACACGGCCGUCUUGUUCUAGUGAUCUACUGUAUUUGACAUUGUUUUAAAUGUAAAUAUGUUCUCAAACCUACAAAUGAAUUUGCUUCCAAUGGAUCCAUCUUUGUGCCUUUUUGCUAAUCGGCUUGUGUUUUCUACAAGUCUUUAAUCCUUUUUGUAAAAGUGUAAAUGUAUGAGGGGGAAAAAAAACUGUUUGGUCGGAACGUCCUGAAGAAAUGACCCAAAGAUCUGCGAGCUACUGAGGUGCUGCAGGUGUAAAGGGCACAGACUGGGGUCCACUGCCUCUAGCUUCCAAACCAGGAGCAACUGUGUGAUGUACUACAGCGCCUGGUUAAAUAUCCUUCAUUAGAUAACUGUCACUAAUGGUGUGGAAACAAUUAGCACGCACCCUAAUGGGAAUCUCAUACCUGUAAAUCAUUUGAUCCUGUUUAAAGCGCGUCCUCGCUCUGCUUCAGUCUCUUUGGCUCAUUUUCUGCCUUCCACUGUUAAGUAGGGUUGCUUGAUGGUGGCAAUAGAGUUAUGGCCCACGUUCUCUGUUCGUAAGUGCAAUUCUCCACUCGAGAUGACACGGAAUUAACCUAUGGGUCGUCUGGUCUUUUUGAAACCUGCUCCCUUUGUGUGGAGCCUUCAGCAGGACAUGCUCUGAUCAGUGGCCGAUGUUUUCUUCUUCACUGUAUCAACACAAGGACGUCGUCUCACUCCUGCUCGUGUUUAUGAGGCGCCGCAUCUCCAACAGGAAGAGUGAUGCUCGGCUAUCGAUGUGGAUAUCUGUCACCGCGAUGCUUGCUAUGUGCU